AUCACCAUUAAAGAGACUAACCAUAUUUUUCACAAAACAAGGACUCUCUAGUUGGAUCUCUCUCUUUGCCACUGUUGUUGGCUGUUUAGGUGCAUGCAUUGUCUCAUCCUUCACUUACCACAUGCUUAGGGAGCCCAUUGAACGUGAGUUUAUCAGUCUGUGGAUUGUGACAAUAUUUUGUGGCUUGUUAUGGCUAGUGGGGAUGUUGCAUGUCUUCACAGCAGAAAACAGAACCAGUUAUGUGCCAAAUAUUUUUCCCUCAAAGCUUCAACUUUUUACAAUAUUCAAACACCCACAUGCAAUUGGAUGCUUGGUUUCUGUUUUACUCUCCUCGUUUACCACAAUGGGCGUUUUCACUGGUGGGGUGCUGUUCAUAGUGGGCCAACUCUGCAUUGUGCCAGUGCACUUGCUUUAUUUUUUGUUAACCUAUUUCCUCUUCCCUCUGUUUUCCCUGCCACUACUAUUCAAACCACUGCAGCACCUACUCAAGGCCAAUUCUGCGAAAAUGAAGAUCACGGGGUUACUCUUGUCGCUUAUAAGUUCUGGGUUUGGGUUCUACUUCUGGGAGAGUCACUGGAAAUGGGGGCACUUGCUGGUGUUUGGGGCCAUUCAGGGCACAUCAAGUGGGCUGUUGCACACUUUUGGAAGGGUAUUGAUGUUGGAAACUGCUCCAUGUGGUGAAGAGGGUGGCUUUUCUUUUUGGUAUGGUUGGGUGAGAGGUGUUGGCUUGUUUGGGGGUUUCGUAGUGGGUUCAGUGGUGCCGGGGAGUGUAAGAACUUCCUUUGGGGUUGCGUUUUGCAGUGCCCUUGUCGGCACUGUGGUUCUGCUUUUUGGAAAUGUGAAUGACUUUGGUGCUGCUAAAGAGGUUGGUGAGAGGGCAUUGGAUUCCAAGGAAUCUAUCAGCGUUUGAGAGUGUGUUGUGUAAUAAACCAGUGUUUUUGUCGCAUUGUACAUUUUGUCUGCCUUCACUUUUUGUUUGCUCUCUUGCAAUUGCAUGCAAAAAGGUCGGGUAAUAGGAUUGAUUUGGUGAUUGGUUUUGGGUUCUCUAAAUGUGUUAAAGAUA